UGUCAUGCUUCCCUUCAGUGUAGCACCGACUACCAAUAGUGUAGUAACUAUUAGUUUAGAUUCUUCACUUUAUACUUUACUUUUGAAACUUUAUUUUUCUGAUGACAUAAUUGACAAAUUUAUCAUACAUUUUUUACUUUUAUGAUAAAUUAACGAAAAAAAUCUAUUAAAUAGAUACCGAUUGAAAUUAUUAGUGAAUUUUUUUUGACAUAAAUAAAUAGUAAUAAGUGAAGAUAAUUACACGGUAGAUUAGUGAAUUGGACAUAUGAUAAAGUCGGAAUAGCAACACUAUUUUCACAAUGAUUACGCCAUUUGAUACCGAUGAUCCUGCAUUCAAGACACCUGGACCUAACGAAGCCCGAUUAGUUGCCUCUCCUGACACGCAGUCAAUUGAACUAACUUAUAUGCCAGGUGGAAGUACCCAGACGAAGACUAUAAUUAUUCCAAGCUCUUCGAAAAGAUUCUCAGCAGCCUCUUCGGCCUCUUCAGUACCUUCUCACGCAUCUCGUGUGCUUCAGGCACCUCGUCCAUCUCCAGCACUUCCAGAAUCUCCAGUACCUCAAAGAAAAAAAUGGUGGGAAAGGGAUGGAUCAUGUGCUCUUAUUAUUUGUGGUCUAGUGGGACUUUUUCUUGGUUGUAUCAUCGUGACGGGGCAUUAUUACUGGAGACAAUAUACCGAACUUAAAGACAUUUGCUCGUCCAAAGAAUGUGUAGUAACAGCUGCAAGUUUAAUAUCAGCAAUGGAUACAACAGUAAAACCCUGUAACGAUUUUUUCCAAUAUGCUUGCGGUAAUUGGAAUCGAUUGAACAUCAUACCUGAAGACCAGAGCUCCAUUAAUACCUUCGAAGUACUUACCAAUCAAUUACAGGUUACUCUGAAGCAAAUAUUGGAAGAACCGCUCAAUGACGCCGACAACAAUGCGACAAUAAAAGCAAAAGUAUUCUACAGAUCAUGCAUGGAUAUUGCGCAAAUUAAAAAGAUCGGAGAUAUUCCGCUCAGAGAAGCAUUAAAAAAGUUUGGUGGUUGGCCAGUUGUUGAAGGAAGAACUUGGAGACGUCCUAAUGAAUCAAUUGAGGUUCUUCUGGGUCAUAUGAGGGGAGAAUUCAAUGAAGGAGCUCUUCUUGAUCAGUGGAUAGGACCCGACGAUAAAAAUUCCUCGAUCAAUAUCCUGCAGAUAGAUCAGAUGCAGUUAGCUCUUCCUAGCAGAGAUUAUUACCUGCAUCCUAACAAUGCAGUUGAACGAGCAGCUUACAAACAAUAUAUGACCGAAGUAGCUAUUUUACUUGGAGCAGAUCCUCGCACAGCUGCGGAUGAAUUACAAAAAGUUAUUUCGUUUGAAAUAAAAUUAGCUAAUGCAACUGUACCUGGAGCUGAUCGUCGAGAUACCUCUGCCAACUAUCGCAAGAUGACUUUGAGAGAACUACAGCGAAAAGUUCCUCAGAUUCAAUGGAGAACCUAUUUCCAGACUUUUGUCAAUGCUUCAAUAACUGAUGAUGAACUUGUAGUAUCUUAUGCGAUGCCAUAUUUUAUUCAAAUGGGACGAAUUAUUCAGGAAACUGAUGAAAGGGUUCUGUAUAACUAUUUUCUGUGGCGUUUAGUGAUGGUAGUAUUGCCACAUAUGAUUGAUGAUUACCAGCAAAAACGCAUCGAAUUCCAGAAAACUCUCCUAGGAGUUUUAAGUGAAAGAAGUAGAUACUCUCAGUGCGUUGAAUGGACGAAUAAAAAGAUGGGAACGGCCGUUGGGGCAUUAUUUGUUCGAGAUCAUUUUGACUCUAAAAGCAUGAGUACAGCUUUGGAGAUGAUUCACAAUAUUAGAGAGGCGUUCAAUGAACUUCUGGAUGAAAAUCAUUGGAUGGAUGACGAAACGCGGGCUGUAGCAAAAAUCAAAGCUAAUUCAAUCAAUGAAAGAAUUGGAUUUCCAGAGUAUAUUAAAAACCCUUAUUUACUUUCUAAAGAAUAUGAAAUGCUCAACAUCUCAAGAGAUAGAUUUCUGGAAAAUGUUUUUACAGUUUUGAGGUUUCAUGCAGCUCGGAAUCUCGCUAGGUUUGGCCAACCAGUUGAUAAGAAUAGCUGGUCAACGGAGCCCGCUGUAGUUAAUGCAUUUUAUAAUCCAAAUAAAAAUGAUAUUGUUCUUCCUGCGGGAAUUCUCCAACCAUUAUUUUACUCUCAACAUUUCCCGAAAUCUCUUAAUUAUGGAGGUAUUGGAGUAGUAAUUGGACACGAGAUUACUCAUGGUUUCGAUGACAAGGGAAGACAGCAUGACAAAGAUGGAAAUCUGAUGCAAUGGUGGAAUAAUUCUACUGUAGAAGCUUUCAGGGCAAGAGCGAAGUGCAUAGUUGACCAGUAUUCUCGUUAUAAACUAAGAGAAAUUAAUCUAACGGUUGAUGGUGAAUUGACUCAGGGUGAAAAUAUUGCCGACAAUGGAGGAUUGAAGCAAGCAUUUCGGGCCUAUAAAAAAUGGGCUGAUACUCAUGAUCCAGAACCAAUACUUCCUGGACUUAAUAUGACCCAUGACCAACUAUUUUUCCUCAAUUAUGCUCAAAUCUGGUGUGGAACGAUGACCCCAGAACAUGCUCUGAUAGAAGUACGAAGCAGUGAACAUCCACCAGGCUCCGUAAGAGUAAUGGGCACUUUGUCGAAUAGCAUAGAUUUUGCUAAAGCAUACAAUUGUCCAGUAGGAUCACCGAUGAAUCCAUACGACAAAUGCAGUGUUUGGUAAUGUAAGGAGAAGUUGUUGAAUAUGAAUCAUUAUUAAAUUUGAAAGAAACAAUCAAGAAUCGUUGAGGUCACGUAUUUGUAAUUAUUUAUAAUAUUUAUGCAUAACUUGUAUCAUAGGAAUAUUUAUAUGUCAUUAGUAUAAUGAAAUAAUUUUAAAAGUAAUGUAAAUGAAACAGCAUUCAACAAAAAUAUUUUUCUUUGACUAUGUCAUCAUUUAUAUGCAUAUGCAUAUGUACAAAUUAGAAGACUAUUUUUAUUCAGACUAAAAUAUGGUAUGUGGAUUAUCUUAAAUGAUUAUGCAUUAAAGUGAUGGCUGUUAAAAAUAAAAAUCCAAAUAUUGUUACAUCAUUAAUUUUCUCAUACUGUUAUGAAUAAUCAAAGAAGAAAUUUUAAUACGUGAAAAUCAUUUGCAUCAAUUGUCAAGUUGUAAAAAAUUUUACAACUGUUUUAAUUUAGAUUAAUAAGUAAUUAAGUAUGUAUGUAACGCAUUAAGAGUUUUAACAAUUAAGAUUCAAAUAUCAUAUUCAACAAAUUUCGUUCAUAAAAUAUGCAUAUUAAUAAAUAACAACAAACGAAAUAAUUUUAAAAAAGGAAAUAGACUUAUCAUUGUAUAUAUACACUUUUAUCAGAAGAUCUCUCUUGUAAUAAAAAAAAUAUCUUUCAUUUUUUUUAAAAGUAACUUUUAAAAGAUAUCUGAGCAUAUGUAUUAUGAUUAUUAUUGAAUUAAUUAAGUUUAGUGAAUAAUGUUAUAAUACUUACUAAUUCUAAAGUUACAUACUCUAAAUUUAAAUCAGUAAAAUUGCAGUAAAUUUUUUGAUAAUUGAUCCAUUUUCAAGUAUACCAACGAGAAUGAAUGACAUUUAUUAAUAAAUUAGAUUCUUUACUGAUUUAAAUUAUAAGGGCAUGAAAUAAUGAUAGAAAUAAUUGUGUUAAUUUGAAAGAUUGAAAAAAGAGAACUGCAUUUGUGUUGGAAAAUUAAUUUGAUAAACGUAAUAUUAUUGUACCACAUCAAUACAUAACAAGAUCCAGAUGAAAGUUUUUAUGUAAAAAAACAACUGAAAAUAAAAAUAAUAUGCAUCAGA